UGGGUUCCUGAUGGAACUUUUGGAGAGAGAGGAUUCAGCCCGGAGCUUGGUGUACACCUUCCCGCACCUCACCGUCCAAGAGUUUGUAGCCGCACUCGCACAAUUCCUGACUCCAGAUCGCGGGGAUAUCAAGACACUCCUCAUUGAAGCCCAUGGCAUGACAGACGGGCGAUUUGAAGUAUUUCUCCGUUUUGUCGCUGGUCUCUCCUCCCCACGCGCAGCUUGGAUCCUGGAGGAGUUUCUGGGUCAAUUCCCUCAUCAAAAAAUCUGUCGAGUGAUUGACUGGGUGAAGGAGGAGGUUAAACGCCGGGCUGGAAACACAGAGAGUAAAGCUGGUAAACGGAGCCUCCUGAAUACGCUGCACUACCUGUUUGAGUCUCAGAACCCUGUACUGGCUCAGCAGACACUGGGAUCUGUGGAAUCACUUUCAUUCCGUGGACUGGGACUGACCCCGAUUGACUGUGCGGUCCUGUCUCAUGCCAUCAGGCUCUGUGAUACAAUCAAGCACCUCAAUCUAUGGGGUUGCCACAUUCAGUGUGAAGGUCUCCAGCGGCUGGGACCGGCUCUGCACAAGUGUCAGCACUUGAGACUGGGAGACAACGACCUGGGAGAUUCCGGAGUGAAACUGGUGUCUGCGGCUCUGAGGAAGCUGGACUGUAAAAUACAGACACUGGGGCUGGACAGUGUCGGUCUCACAGAUUCUGGAGCCAUGGAUCUCGCCUCCGCUCUCAGUACAAACCCCUCACUGACGGAGCUGUACCUUAGUGAGAAUAAACUGGGAGAUUCUGGAGUGAAACUGAUGUCUGCGGCUCUGAGGAACCCGGACUGUAAAAUACAGAUACUGGGGCUGGACAGUGUCGGUCUCACAGAUUCUGGAGCCGAGGAUCUCGUCUCUGCUCUCAGUACAAACACCUCACUGAUGGAGCUGAACCUGACACACAACUCCCUCACAGACCGAUCUGUCCCCAAUCUCCGCCGCCUCAUACUGAACCACCCGAGACUGAAGUGGAUCAAGCUGGGGGAGAAUCAGUUCAGUGAAGAUGGACGGAACCAGCUGAAGAGUCUGCGGGGAAUCAGACCCGGACUGAGUGUGUAUGUGUGAACAUCUCCGGUGUAAACGUCACCGCCCUGGGGAC